UUCUGAUCUGAUAUAUGUGCAUAUGUGUGAAGACGGGUGUGGAGUAUUAUUAUCUGAAUUUUAAUUGUUUGCUAAUAUUUAGUUGGCAAAUUUUUUUUGCAAAGCCGACAAUCGGUAUUUGGUUAUGAAUCAUCUCAAAAUUAUCACAUCUUAAAUAAAAAUGCCAAGAGAUUUCUUAAACUGCCACGCUAAAACUGUAAAUAAGGCAUACCACUCAAGUUUUAUUUGUAAGAGAGAUACUUUAGGUAAUAUGGCCUUAUUACCCUUAAAAACAAGUUAUAGAGGGCCAGCUCCACCUAUGGCGAAUGCAGAAGAGAUGGAUAUUAUAGACGAAGCUUUGUAUUUUUUCAAAGCAAAUGUGUUCUUUAGGACGUAUGAAAUAAAGAGUGAGGCUGACAGAGUUUUGAUUUACAUUACCUUGUACAUAACAGAAUGUUUAAAAAAGUUGCAAAAGUGUAUUAAUCAAAAUCAAGCUCAAAAUGAAAUGUAUUCAUUGGCCAUCUCGAAGUUCGAUAUUCCUGGAGAUUCAGGUUUUCCACUCAAUUCAGUUUAUGCCAAACCUAGCAAUUCCAAUGAAGCUGAAUCUAUGAGACAGUAUUUAUUACAAAUAAGGCAAGAGACUGGUUCGCGUUUAGUUGAAAAAGUAUAUGGAACUGAUGGAAAACCAAGUAAAUGGUGGCUAUGUUUUGCAAAAAAGAAGUUCAUGGACAAGUCUUUGUCAGGACCUGGUCAAUAAUUAAGUACAUGUUUUAAUAUUAAAAAGACUUUCAACAUUUAAUGAUUGUAUAAGAUAGAUGAAAAAAUUUUUCUUUUGUGUAUGCAAUGUUUUUUCUUAUUUUCAUUACUGAUUUAAAAAUAGAAUCAAACAAAUUUUACAUAUAGAAUUUCAAUGACUAUUCUUUCGACAUAUAAAGCAUAUAUACUAAAUAAUUACAUAUAAUUUGUUUAUAUUUAUUCAAUACUGUUUAAAAUAGGAAAAAAAAGGCACAAAAAAAAGAAAGAAAUAGUAAUAAUCAUUUCUUAUGAAAUAUAUGAAGUCUUUAAUUGACUAAUUACGUUAAUUAGCCUGAACAAUGAAAGAAGUAGGCCAAGAGUCAGCUCAAAAAAGUUUUACAAAGUAAUAAGUACAAAUAUCUUAUACUCUCACAAGAUACACUAUUUACGACUAUUAUAACGCCUUAACAAUUACAAAAAAAUGUGCGUCUCAUACGAUUAAAUAAACCUACGGCUAAAUCGAUGGGCUCGAAACUCGCGUCGACAGUAGAAUCGCAAUGACAAUGCAACA